GGACGGCGUAGUGAUACCCGGGCGACGAGACCAGCGGCGGCCCACAGAGAGCCUCGCACACCGAGAGAGAGACACCGCGGACUCCAUUGCUGCUCCGAGUGCGUUUCUCGCCGGACUUGGUGAUCUCCCUCCGGUUUACACCUGCGUGAUCUGUCUGUCCUGCCGCGUCGUGCAACGUACAAAAGUUACCGCUGCCCUCACGCCCCGAGGAAAAAAUAAUAAACGUUGGCCAAGCUCCGAGACGGCAGACCGUUGCACGGCCAACCGACCGAUCCCCGGAGCUCUGCGGAGUGAACAAGUACAACAACGUUUGUUGUCCAGUGUGCGGGUGCGGGUGUUCGCAGCCGAGAAGAGCCUCUCGCGCGUAACCGAGAAGUGAAAGCGGAGCCACCAAAAUGGCGGAUCAACUCACAGAGGAACAAAUCGCGGAAUUCAAGGAGGCGUUCUCGCUGUUCGAUAAAGAUGGCGACGGCACCAUAACGACCAAAGAACUGGGUACAGUCAUGCGAUCCCUGGGUCAAAAUCCAACAGAAGCUGAAUUACAAGAUAUGAUUAACGAAGUAGACGCAGACGGUAACGGCACAAUCGACUUUCCCGAGUUUUUGACCAUGAUGGCACGCAAAAUGAAGGAUACGGAUAGCGAGGAGGAGAUUAGAGAGGCCUUCAGAGUGUUCGAUAAGGAUGGGAAUGGUUUCAUAUCCGCCGCAGAACUUAGACAUGUCAUGACAAAUCUUGGCGAGAAACUCACUGAUGAGGAAGUCGAUGAGAUGAUACGAGAGGCGGAUAUCGACGGCGAUGGACAAGUAAAUUAUGAAGAAUUUGUCACGAUGAUGACAUCAAAGUGAAUGCAACCUGUGUAACGGACGAAACUUGCGAUUCGGAGUGGUGUUGGCGUAUUAAAUAAAUCAAGAAACAGAGAAAAAAUAUGUAACAAAAGAGAAAUCAACCAGAAAGUGAGAAAUCUUAUAUCAGGAUGCGAAGAUGUCUAUAAAGCGCGAAGAGUCAACGUCCGAUACGCGUUAAAAAAAAAUUCAUCGUUAACGAUAAGUACAGGGCAAUUAAUUGUUUAAUUAAAGAGUUAUACCAUUAAAGUCAUUAUCUUUCAAAACACGAAUAUUUACGCGUGUACACAAGGACACGUACACACAUACACAUACAAACACACACACAUAAUAUACGGAGUAUACAUAUUUUACACACUUUCACAUGCUCAGAUGUCUUAUUUCCAUUGGGUAAAACAAAUUGGAAGUGAGAUACGCGGAGACACAAUUGCGCGCGCAUGUGCACCAACGACAAAGGAAAAAAAGUGCAUUUUCCACUUUCCUCUCUUUCUCGACUGCCCCCUCCACCUUCUUCCCUUCUAUUGUCGGGUCCUUCACUACCACCUAACCCUCCCACCUCACAUCCCAGCCUCUCAUCUUCCUGAAAAAAUUUUUUUCUUUACGAAAGGCAUGUCGAAGAAUGUAAUCUCUUGAAAAGGGAGAGGAAAUGUGCAUUAGGGGACAAAGUAAAAUCCGAUGUAAGAUAUUGAAACAGCAAAGUUUUAUUUGCCAAUCGAGAUUCGUUGAGAAUAUUCCUUCAUUUUUGUUUUUUUUUUUUAAUUCUUUUUUCACUUAAAUGAGAUACGUGUAUAGUGAAUGAACAUUAGGAUACGUAGCUGCUAUAGUAAUAUCUCUACCGUUAAAAAAAAAAAUGCAUGCACUUGUACAAAUGUUUGUUUGUCUCGUGAAAAGGAGUUCGGCCUCUGGACAUGAUUUUCCAGAAGGGGAGAGAGGAUAAGAACAAGCGAGAGUAUAAAUAUUGAUGCUUCGGCCUCUGGGGUUAUCGAUGACUUAAAUGUGCAAAGCCUGAACCUCUCGAUGCCACGUAACGAGUAACUUAAUUUAUACAAAUAACGAGCGAGAGAAAAUUAGUAAGAAAAAAAAUAAAGAGAAGAGGAAAACGGGAAAGAUACGAAGCGAAAGAGAGAGAGAGAGAGAGAAAUAUGAUGAAGAACCUCGAGGAACUCGGACCUUAGUGCUUUUUGCGCGUCGCGUCUCGCCUGCGGGACGGGGUGUGGUGAUCGGCUUGUGUGAAUCAUUGGGACGAGUUACGACGUUCGUCGGAGAGAGCUCCGGUUCGAAGUCUCGACAUUCCUAUUUGAAAAAAAAGUCUCUUCCUACGCUUUUCAAUCGAUCAGCAUCUAUCCAGUCUCUCGUGUGUCCGUGCACACAGGACUCACACAUACACGUCGAAUGAGAAACCACUCUAUCCACACGAAGAUACACGCAGAGCAAGAGAAAGGAAAAAUAAUAAUGAAAAGAGAUAAACACUAUCUAUAAUAUUCACGAAGUGCGUUUUGCCUCCAGUUCCAUUUUAAUCUCCUAUUUGUAACUUGCCUUCCACCAUACACACACAUACACAUACACGGGGAAAGCCUUACAUACAUGCGCGCAGAGAAAAAAAGAGAAAAGGAAAAAAAAGCGAAAAAAGA